AUGCUCGCGUACGCCACCGUCCACAACAUCCCCAUGGUCGGCUCCGACGUGUGCGGCUUCAACAGCGACGCGCAGGAGAACAUGUGCGCCCGCUGGGCCACGAUGGCGGCUUUCCAGCCCUUUAUGCGCAAUCACGCGGACAUCUCGGCGCCUCAGCAGGAGUUCUACAAGUGGCCGACUCUGCUAGACUACAUCUACUCGGCUCUGUUCCUCGCUCAUAAGGAGGGGACACCGAGCGUUAGCCCGCUGUUCUACCAGUAUCCCUCUGACAAGAAUGUCUACUAUAACCAGGAGCAGUGGUUCCUCGGCGAGUCCAUCCUCGUGAGCCCCGUGAUUGAGAACGACGCGACGUCGGUGACGUAUUAUCUGCCUGACGACGUGUUCUACGACUUCUGGACUAUGGAGCAGGUCCGUGGGAAGGGAGCUACCGUGACCAUCGACAAUGUCCCGUGGACCGAUAUCCCCGUCCACUACCGCGGUGGAAAGGUCGUGCCACUCCGCGUCGAGUCCGCCAACACCACUGCCGCGCUCCGCGAGAAGGACUUCCAUAUUGUUGUCGCGUCGGGUGUGGACGGCAAGGCUACGGGUACGCUGUUCCUUGACGACGGGGAGAGUGUGGAGGGCGCCGUCUCGGAUGUCCACUUCUUGUGGAACGGUGAUAAGCUCAAGGUGAACGGCAACUUCCACUAUAGGUCGGGACGCAAGGUUCGUGAGGUGACGGUUCUUGGCGAGAAGGGGCAGCGGACGGCCAAGGGGGAGUGGUCGCUUGAUCGGGCUUUCGAGGUGUCGAAGUUUUCGUUAUAG